CCUUUUCUCUUGGCUUGCAGAUCUAUCUGUCACAGUUUGGCUAUCUGCCCGCCUCGGCGCGCAAUCCGGCCAAUAGCGGACUGCAGGAUAAGCACACAUGGGUCAGUGCCAUACAGGAGUUCCAGAGCUUCGCUGGACUCAAUAUCACCGGCGAACUGGAUGAGGAGACAAUGAAAUUGAUGUCACUGCCACGUUGCGGUGUCAGAGAUCGAGUCGGCACCGGAGAUAGUCGGUCGAAACGUUAUGCACUCCAGGGCAGUCGCUGGCGUGUCAAGAACCUCACCUACAAAAUCUCCAAGUAUCCCAAGCGCUUGAAGCGCAACGAUGUCGAUGCGGAAAUCGCGCGCGCCUUUGCCGUCUGGAGCGAGGAUACAGAUCUAACCUUCACCCGAAAAACAUCGGGACCCGUGCAUAUUGAGAUCAAAUUCGUUGAGAGCGAGCAUGGCGAUGGCGAUGCCUUCGAUGGCCAAGGCGGCACUUUGGCUCACGCUUUUUUCCCCGUCUUUGGCGGCGAUGCCCACUUUGAUGAUGCCGAACUCUGGACCAUUGGCUCGCCACGCGGCACGAAUCUGUUCCAGGUAGCCGCCCACGAAUUUGGCCACUCUCUGGGCCUCUCGCACUCAGAUCAGAGCUCAGCGCUGAUGGCGCCAUUCUAUCGCGGCUUCGAGCCCGUCUUCAAACUAGAUGAGGACGACAAGGCGGCCAUACAAUCGCUAUAUGGACGCAAGACCAAUCAGUACACGCCCACCAAUGUCUACCCGCCCAGCACGCACAGACCAUCGUUUACGCCACCGAAGGUGCCGCUGGAUGAUUCCAUAUGCAAGGACUCCAAGAUCGACACCCUGUUCAAUUCGGCGAAUGGCGAGACGUACGCCUUCAAGGGCGACAAAUACUACAAAUUGACAACAGACUCCGUGGAGGAGGGCUACCCGCAACUCAUAUCGAAGGGCUGGCCAGGAUUGCCCGGCAACAUAGAUGCGGCAUUCACGUACAAGAACGGCAAAACGUACUUCUUCAAGGGCACCCAAUACUGGCGCUAUCAGGGUACCCAAAUGGACGGCGCCUAUCCCAAAGAGAUUAGCGAGGGCUUCACGGGCAUACCCGAUCAUUUGGAUGCGGCCAUGGUUUGGGGCGGCAAUGGCAAGAUCUACUUCUUCAAGGGCAGCAAAUUCUGGCGCUUCGAUCCGGCCAAACGACCGCCCGUCAAGGCCAGCUACCCCAAGCCCAUCUCAAACUGGGAGGGCGUGCCCAACAAUCUGGACGCGGCGCUCAGAUACACAAAUGGCUACACGUACUUCUUCAAGGGCGACAAGUACUAUCGCUUCCACGAUGCACGCUUUGCGGUGGAUACGGCCACGCCGGCAUUCCCCAGGCCGACGGCACACUGGUGGUUCGGCUGCAAGAACACGCCCUCCUCCACAGGUAAUUUUGAAGAGGAUCCAUUUGAGUCUGAGCAACGAUCGCGGCUGCAUGCCGAUGAUGGUAAUGGUGAUAUUGAUCUGGAUGCAGCUGUCGGCGAUAACCAAUCCAAUGAUGAGCCCGAAGUGGCGGAACGUACGGGAUCGGGUUCGGGUUCGGGAUCUGGUGCGACGUCCUAUCGGCUGCCCAGUAGCUCCGCUGCCAGCGUGCUGCUAAGCACCUUUCUGCUCUGCUGCCUAUCGAAAUUCAUAAUUAGCUAAAAUAACUGAACGUUGCGCAUUUCUUGAAAAAUUUUUGUUAUCCACGGAUAAUAUACAAUUUUAGUAAAGUUUAUACAAUUUUAGCGCACGUUGCAAGCGAUUUAGUUCGGGCUACCAAAAUAUAUUUGAAUUUUGUAUUCGAAUAUAAUACGACUUAUAAAACAAAGUAUAUAUAUACAUACAUAUAUGAUGUGAAACACAGGUGCCUUAAAAUCGUUGUUGUGUAAAUACAAAAGCAGAAAAGCAGCAUUAAAUGUAAUUUAACUUAAAUCUUAAAUAGUUAUUAACAUUCCAUCAAAUUGGAAAGUAUGCAAAACUAAACAGGAGAUCAGAAUUCAUAUCAUAGCCGAGACUACGAGUAUAAUAUGUAACUUAAAGAUGACAAUUUGCGAUAUUAACUAUAACGAGCCAUAUGAAAAAAAAAUUACUUAAAUCGAUCAAGUAACAAAUGAACAUAUUUUAGUUUAGUUCGAAUUGUUGCCCGGAUAAAUUCAAGCCGUGUAACAAUUAACUAUAGAAAUUAAGGCUCUUUAAUCAAAGGACAUAGAAUCGUAAAAAAAAAAAACGAACACAUUUGAUCAUUAUAUAUGUAUACUUAAUUUGUAAGUGUAUGAUAAGGUAA